AUGUCACGGCUCAGCGGACCGUCCCCCGCAACGAGCAGAGAAAGUCGCGAAAGCAGCAAAGAGAACCACGAACCUUGCGAGAGCGACGAACAGCGAAAACUAAUCGAGGACCUCAAAGCCGAGGUCGGCACGCUAAAAUACCAAAUCAGCAACUACGAGCAAGAAAAGGAGCUGGCGCGUCUGCAGAUGGAGAAUGAAAUUCGAGACACCAAGCGACGGGCGGAAGACGACUUCAAGGCGAAGCAAGCCGCCGAGGCGGAAAAGGGACGCGCCCAGCGGCAGGUUGAGGUGUUGCAGGCGGAACUUGACGAGCUGAGAGCGGAGCAGGAGAGGCAGAAACGGGAGCUGGAGGCCAAGGCUAGGAGCGCGGUGGAUGAGGCGAGGGUGCUGAGGGAGGAGCUUGAGGAUUUGAGUGCGGAGAAGGAUGAGGCGGCGAGGGUGGCGGAGCGGGAGGUUAAUGACCUCCGGGCUAAGCUUGCGGCGUGUCAGCGGGGGAAGAGUGAGUUGGAGGAGGGGAAUAAGGGGAGGGAGGAGAUGCUGGAGAGGGUGCAGGCUGCGGUGGGGGAGAAGGAUGAGAUUAUUGGGGAGCUGGAGGCGCAGGUGUUGAUGCUCAAGGCGCAGACGGGGGACGCGGAGACUAUUGCUGUCAUCAGGAGGGAGCUGUCGGAUCAGGUGACGCAUAUUAGGGCGCUGGAGGCGAAGAAUAGGGAGCAGAUUACCGAGCUCAGGCACUUGCGCCAGGUGCACAAGGCUGUGGAGGUGGUCGAGGAGGAGAAGAGGUCUUUGCAGCGGAAGGUGGAGGCUGCGGUUGGUGUUGAGCGGGAGCUGGCGGAGGAGAGGACGCAGAGGCAGAGGUUGGAGGAUGAGAGGAUGGCUUGGGCGGCGUAUUUGGAGGGUGAGGGGCAGGCUGAGUUUGACUCGCCUGAGGAGGUGGCCAGGGCUCUUGUUGCUGAGCGGCUCAACUCGGCGAGCUUGCUGGAGAAGAUAGGGUCUCUCCAGCCUGAGGUUGCUGAUCGGGAUAAUAUCAUUAGGUCUCUUGAGGAGGAGAAGGCCGGGCUGCUGGAGCAGAUUGAGAAACUCAAGGCUCCUGGGGGGUCCAGUGGGGGGAACGAUAAGGCUCGUGCCCGUCUGGACAGGCAGCGCGCCCUUGCCGUCAAGGAGGUUGAGUACCUUAGGGCGCAACUCAGGACGUUUGACAUGGAGGAUAUCACCAUGCAGCCUGAGACAGUGGACGAGCAAAAGGCGCAGAGGAUACAGGAGCUGGAGGAUCUGGUUGAUCGGUACAAGACCGAGGUUGCGACGCUUCACGCCGAUUUGACGUCUCUCGAAUCUGCCGCUGUGUCCCCGGUUCAGCCUGUCAUUGGGAGCAAGCGUCCCCGAUCGGACUCUGACGACACGGAAUCCGAACAUUUGGGGCAGCUGGCCAGGAAAAACAGGAAACUCCAGGCUGAGCUUGCCGACGUUCAGCAAACGCUACAUCUUUUACGAAAAGAACACGCCGUCACGGUUGAACAGCUAGCCAAGGCAAAAGAACGGGCCUCGACCCGAGUUUUGUCUCUUAGGUCUAACCCAACAUCCGACUACGAAGCCAUCAAGACCGCCACCUUGGCCGCGUUGAAAGCCGAAAACGCCGAGCUGGUAGCUCACAUUCAACGUCAGCCAACACUGUUUUCCACCAUACCCACAUCGCAACUCGCCGCUGCCCAAAGGGAGGUAGCAGAGGCAAAAGCAGAAACCGCCUCGGCGCACAAGAGUUCACGCCGACUGAAGGAGGUGUGGGCGGCAAAGUCGGCAGAGUUCAAAGAGGCUGUUUUUAGCACGCUGGGGUGGACGGUGAGUUUUAUCCCUGGGGGGAAGAUGAGGGUCGAGAGCGUUUACUACCCCUCAAAAACGGACGACCACGAGAACAGCAUUGUUUUUGAUGGGGAGAAGGGGACGAUGAAGGUUGGUGGUGGGCCGAGGAGCGAGUUUGCGGUGAGGAUUGGGGAUCUGAUCAAAUUCUGGGUGAGGGAGAGGGGGUGCGUGCCGGGGUUUUUGGCGGCUUUGACGUUGGAGUUUUGGGAGGAGAGGCACGGGGGGCAGGAGGAUCACUCUUCUUAG